AUGAUAAUAUUAGAUAAAGCCAUUUGCGAAUAUACAUGCAAGUUCAGGUGCGCCCGGUCAUUUGAUGUGACAGUCAAGGCGUGGGAGGCUUUUCGGUGGGUCAGAGAUGCGGUUCAAUCGAAGACCUCUCUGGCACAAGGGGCAUGUAUGAGGGAGGCACCAUUGCUGGAAUUCAAUGGAAGGGCCUUACAGGAAUACCACGGCAGCGUUUGGCCUGGCACAUACGUUGAGAGUAUCGAGGUUCCAUCUGACCUGACAGAGAUCGGUGUCUCCAUCAUGAGGGAGCGAGAAAGUUUGAACUUGUGGAAGCUCACUGAAUAUGAGAAGAUUACCUUCAUUGAUGCAGACACAAUCAUUCUUCAGCCUCUGGACGACGUAUUUACCGAUGCCACCGCUGCGUUGCAAGAAGCAAUACCUUACCGGGGCUCAAGCGACACAGCCUAUUCACUUCCGGAGUCGUACUUGAUCGCCGGAGUCCACGAUAUCUGGGUGGAAUGGGCGCUACCUCCAAGUCCGGGGCGAGAGCAGAACCUACUGAUCUACGCCCAUAAAACGGAUGACAGAAUGCCGUGGAGGGAGCUGAGUCCGGACUGGAAUCAGAAACCUCUAGCUAACAACAAGGGCGACCUCCCAAAGUUCAAGUCGCUCCAUCAGAAGUGGUGGCGCUCUGUCUUUGAUCAGGAGAUCGACUAUUACAUUGGAAAUGUUACACAAGAGAUGGACAUCUUUCAUCGUAGCAGCUCUGUUGAUACGGAGAAAGCCACGGUGUAA